AGGAGCGGAUGGGACAGAAGUAUGAUAAGGAGGACAAGGAGGAACAAGACCAACAUUGAGCUCAAGGUGGAAACAGAAGCACUAAAGCGAGAGUUGUACGACAAACAAGAGUUGGUGCGGCAGGCAUCGACGGCGCUGUCAGGGUUAGAGCAACAAUUUCAAGAACAGGUGGCACAAAUGAAGGGGAUUCAUGAACAGGAGAAGCUGCAGUUGAAUGAGAAGAUUGGACAGCUGCAGAAGGACUUGGAUGACUAUGACCAGCGCAUCCAAGAGGAAGGGGGUCGCCAAGGGGAACUGACCAAGCUCUGCGGGCUGGCCUUCAGCACGGGAGCUGAGGAGGAAGAGCCUGCAGACCCUGUCCCUUCGAGGGAGAAGCUGAGUCUUCCUCUAAACCUUCAAGGCCAUAAUAACAGCAGCUUUGGCCAUUCUCCUGUUCAAGGACUGUUUAGCCUGCCAGCAACAGUCCCCAGCACAUUAGGGAAGAUCCAGUCCCCAAAUAAACCCGGAGAGCUCUCAGAAGACCCAGACUUGGCAGAGCAGAAAGUCGCAGCUCUUGAAGCCCGGGUGGUAGAAUUGGAAGAACGGGUCACAGAACUAGAGGGAGAACUGGCAGCCAAGGAAGAGACUAAUAGUGUACUUGAAGGAGAUAUUGCCAACUUAAGGAAAGAGUUGGAAGAUAAAGUAGAAAAGAUAGCAGACUUAGAGGUAGAAGUCUCAGAGAAGGACAUGAAGAUCGAUGACGUGAUGCAGGAACUUGAGACGCGUCAUGUUGAAAUCCAAGCCAAGGAGGAUCAGAUCGAGGCUCUACACCAGGACUUAAUUAAGGUGGAGCCAGAGAUAGAAGUCAAAGUUCAGGAGAUCGUAGAACGUGACCGGAUCAUAGAGGAAAAGAUAGAACAGAUUGAACAGCAGAACAAGAUUCUCGUUGAAAUCCAAAUCACGCUGGACGAGAAGCAGAAGCAAAUUGCAGACAUGGAGCAGAAGAUCAGCGAUUAUAGUGCGAAGAUCACCAAACUCAAUGAAGAGUUGGACAAAGCCUGUAAAACCAUACAGACCUUUGCGGAGGAAGUCGAAGCACGUGACAAGGAAAUUGUGACGCUGAAGAAGGAGCUGAAGAGGAAGGAGAAGAAGAUCAAGGACUUGGUAGCAGAGCUGAAGGAGGCCCUCGAUAUGCUCAACAAGGCUAAGUGGGAAGCAGAGACUAGCGGUGGCGAGGAUGGAGUCAAGGAAAUGGCCGAAGAGGAGAAUGAGCGACUGUGGGCAGAACUGGAAUCAAGGAAGAACGAGGUGCUGGCGCUGCGGGCUGAGCACAAACACUCGUUGUCUGAGGCUCAGGACCGCAUCAGUCACCUGCAACAGCAACUGGAGGAGAAGCUGAAGGCCCUUGACGGCCAGAAGGAAAAACACUCUCAGGAUGUGGAGGAGAGAGAGGCUAAACUGAGAGACUUGGUUCAGCAGGUGGCGAGGUUGGAGGGCCAGUUGCAGGCCCUUCACGGCGACAUGUCCAACAGGGAAGGCCAGCUGCGGACCAACCAGGACCUCAUGCAGGAGUUAAAGGAUGAGCUGGGGGCAGCGAAGGAGGAGCUGAAGGAAAAGAAGCAGGAGUUGGACAACCUCCAGGACGAGCUCAAGAAGAAGAAUGCUGACAUGCAGGACUUGGUUAAUUGUGAACUAUGGGAGAGGAAUAAGGAGGUAGAGAAACUGCAUGAAAAGUUAAGUGCCUUAACCUCAGAUCAUCAGAAACAAAUCAGCAAUCUGAAAGAGGAACUUCAGGCUAAGAAUAAUGAAAUUAAUAGAUUAGAAACUAAGCCACUUUCUGAAAACAGUAAGAGCUCUGACGUCAGCCACACAUCCAGCUGUCCAGUGAUCAAUACAAACCUAACAGUUGCCAGCUCUACAAAUGAUCAGCCUAAAAAUGCUGCACAUCUGACAGUGGUCACAAACACUGGUGCAGAUCUAAUAACUGUGGCACGUCCCCUUCAUGUGACAUUGGGUGAUGACAGUGCUGCCUCAGUUCAAUUGCUUUACCAAGAAAUUAACAAAAUCAGGGGUGAAGCACAGGCACUCAGGCUGGAAAGGAGCAUUCUCAAUGAUAAAUUACAGAAACUCAAUGAAAAGGUGAGCCAGACAGCAGAUGUAGCAAAGGCAAACGAGCUCAGAGAACAGAUGGAUAUGGUUAAGCGACAGCUUGAAGAAAGCAAAGAACAAAACUUGCAAAAAGAUCGGCAGCAUGGAGAGGUUGUGAGUGACUUCCAGUCACAAGUGCAGACGUUGCGAAAUGAACUCCAUAAUGCAAAGAAGAAGAUAAGUCGUCAGUUAACAGAAGUCAGUGUCAGAAAGUACCAAGAAUCUUUGAAGAGACAUAAGCAGGAAAUUGCAUCACUGAGAAAGCGAUUGGCAGACUCGCACAAUGCCUGCGAUCUCCUCAGAACAAGAUUGGAAGAACUAGCUGACUUCUUGGAACGUAUUCUCGAAAUGGAUGAGAAAGGUCUCAUAAACUUGAGUCAGUUGUCAGCCAAGCAUAUUGCCUCACUGCACAAAACCCUGAAUGAGUCCCGUGCCCUUUCCCGGUCCUUGUCCCAAUCCCUCAUGAUUGGCAUGGACACUACAGAUCAUGGAGACGAUGGCCUAUUAUCCAGUUGUUCUCUAAGCUCCGUGUCAUCUUGGAGCUUACAGCGAGAUGAUAGUCUCUCUGAAACUCAUGAUCCAGUAAUAGCCAGCAGUCAUGAAACAUUGCCAAAUCUGCCAGAUGAAACUAUACUUCAGGGAGAUGAGACUCAUGACCCAGCUUUCCAGGCUAUUGCUACACAGCUCAAUACCCAGAUUGACCAAAAGACCAGGGAAAUAGAUGCGAUAGCUGAAAAUGUAUGUGUACUUAGUGAGCAACUGGCCGAGCGGACUCGCCAGGUGGAGCAGCAAGCUGGUGUUAUCGGAGAGUUGAGAGGCCAGGUGGGGCGCCUGCAGGAGGAGGUACGGCACAGAGACCUUCAGCUGAUGGCAUCCCAGGCUGACCAAGACCAAGAUAACAAUCAGGCUAAUUUACAUGGUUCGUGGCACAGUAGUACAAAUCCCCUAGCAGCAUCGUCUCAAAGCACAGUGCAUGCGGCAUCACCACAAACUACUGUCAACGCUCAGGAUUAUAGUAGUCAAGAACGGCUUAGGAAGUCGCCUAGCACAUGUUCCGACACACUCCCUCCCCCUCCUCUUCAUCUCCUUCAGGACAGUGAGUGUGAAGACAUCAGGGGUGAUGUGCGAGAGCUUGAAAUAUGUCAGGCGUCAGACCGAAGCAGUUUAAGUGCCGUUAAGAGUGCUUAUUCAACCGAUGCUGCCAUUAAGGCCUAUAGUAGACACCCAGGCUAUUUCCACCAACUGGCUCCUCAGAAGGGACUCCAAAGCAUGGACGGAAGAAAGUCGUGGGUAGAAAAUGCCAGUGGACCUGGAGGGUGCAUUGGGCCAGAACAGCCAUGGGCCCCUGUUUCACCAUCAGAAAGUGAGGCUUGGAGUGAACCAGACAGAAAUGUGUCGCUUGCCAGAAUUGGCCUGGAUGCUUGCACUCUUGUUGGUGGUCCAGACCGAGCUCUGUCACGAUCAAGGCAGCAAAGAGCAUCUGCUGCCAUAACUUCAGAGUCAGAUGGUGAGGCAGCUUAUGAGGAGACUACAACAUGCACUGCCAAUCCUAUAUCAACUCCUGGAAAAAGCUCUAAAAGACGCUCAGACAUUGCUGAACUGCGACGUGUAUCUACCAAACUGCGUGCCGUUGAACAGCUUAACGAAACACUCCGUGCUGAGCUGAACAUCUAUCAAACUCUGAGCCAGCAGUUAGUUCCACAACAACAGAAUCAACAAGAGAGACCCAAAACAAGUGACAAGAGUGUUGAAACGCAUAAAGGAGAGACGGUAGAUGCGUCAGUGGGAGCAGAGGAAGAAGCAACUCUUCCAGCGCCUCCUCCUCCCAUGCCUGCACUUGCUAUUCCUGCCCCCUUGCUAGAAGAAAUUCGGGCACUGCGGCUGAAACUGGAAGAAGCUAUUGCAAACAACGACCAUCUGAGAGACCAGUUAGAAGCAGCCCUUACAGCUCACCCUCAAGAUGAAGCACGAUUCCAUCACCUGACUGCUGCACUACAGAUUGCCCAAGAAGAGGUAAGAGAGGCUAGAGACAGACUACAGUGUACCCAGGAAGCACUCAGAGCUCAGCAAGACCUCACAAAUGGAGUCCAGCAGAAGUGCCAGGAUUACGAACGCUCUCUGGAAAAGUGCAAAGCUCGUCUAGAAAACUCAGAAGCUGAGCUAAAGACCACAAGAGCAGAAUUAACCAAAGCACAGCAAGUUGUCCAAGAAAAAGAGGCUCUGAUUCUCGACCAGGAGAAACUUUUGCAUCAAAAGGAUUCUCAGCUCUCAGAAAAUGAGCAAAUCAUUGUUGAAAUUGGAGAGAAGAUUAAGUACUUAGAAAAGAAUGCCACAGAGAGCCAGGAAAAUGACGUGCGAGUGCAAGAGUUGCAGACUGCAAUGCAAAAGCAGGAAACACGUCUAUUGGAAGUAAACAAGGAACGCCUGUCCCUUGUGGGAGAGCGUGCUCGUCUGCAAGCUCAGCUGGCCUCGAUGGCAACUCAGGCACGUUUAUUAAAGGACGACAAACAAGAAAUUGAAGAGGUUGAUAGCGAACGUGUAUCUCUGCUCAAACAGUUAGAAGCUGGACAAACAGCAGCCAUGGCCAUGUACCAUGAAAAACAACAACUCCUGAAGAGCAAGGAACAUCUAGAGAAGGAGGUCAUGAUACUGCAAGAAGAAAUAGCUAGUCUACGUGCCAAAGCCAACCACCUUGCAGCAAGAGAGGCUCAUGCUGCCCACAUAUCCGAUUCAGAACAGAGAGGUAUGAAUGAACUACGCACUGCACACACCAAACUGCAGCAGGCGUACAGAAACUUGCAAGAAUAUAAUCAGAAAUUAGGACAAGAGUUGUCAGCACUAAAGGAAAGGAAGAAAGUCAGUGAACAGGCAGAAGCACGCACUGUUGAAUCAGAGAGACUCGUAAAGCAGCUGACAGCCCAGUUGGAAUCAGAGCGUUGCCUUACAACUAACUUACAGCUUCAAUUAGAUGCUCUUAGAUCCAAGGCCUCACCAGCUUCAUCUCAUAAUGACUCCGUUGUGCCUAAUGCAAGUGAUCUUGCAUCUCCUGAAAGUGUGACUAGCAUUGAGUUCUUCCGGCCCUCAUCUGACAUAAGUAGCAUUGGUCUGCGGGGACGUAGGCCAGCUUCCCUAGGGCCAUCCUCUCCAACUGAAAAAGAAAAAUCCUAUGAACGCCGUGCCUCCAGUAGCAGUCGCAGAAGAGACAGCAGUAAACGCUACAGCAGCCAUUGGAGUGAAGAUAAGGAAAACCUUCACACAACCACCACCACAAUAACCACCACCACCACAAGCAGUAAGCGAGGACGUCGCCUCCAAAGCAAUAGCUCUAAUGAUGGGGUUUUAGCAGAGCAGGCAGCACCACCACAGCUGCCCAACAUCCAUCACGAGGAAGAGAAUGACGGUGGUACUACUUCCGGCGAAUCUCCUGACCUGGGGAUCGGAUCAGACUACCAUUUCUCCAGUUUGGAAAGGGGGACGCACAUAAUGCGUUCCACCUUGCAUGCCAACAGCGAUCUCCCAUUACGUCCACUGUGCUCUGAACCUAGCCAUAGUACUCUAAGUGUGGAGAAUCAACAAUUGCGCCAAGAACGGGACAACCUGUCGGAAAAGUUGGCAUCCACAAAGGACACGCUGAAGGAUGCCUUGGAAAAGCUAUCGAGAGCCAAUCAGCGCAAAGAGAGCGUUGAGAGGGCCAUCUGCAAGCAGCUCACCAAGACACAUCACGUCCUCAAGAAAGCAAAAGGGAAUUUGAAACAGGCAAACUCUCUUCCUCAGUGAUCUAAGCAGGUCUUUUAUGUAAUAUGUUGAAGAAAAGAAAAAAUGGAAAAAUUAUUUAAAAUUCGCAUUUGUUUGCUCUUCGCUCAGAUAAUGGAGGCCAGAACUCUGUGUUAUAUUUUGUUUUACGUGUGAGAGAUUCUUCUGAAGAGAAUAUGUCCAUUUGUGUGUAGUGCAGCAAUAAUUGACACUGAUUGACAUUGUUAUGCGUAUGAGAUUUUAUGUUUGAGAAAUUAUCAAAAACUAAGAUACAGACCGUCUCAAAAACUCAAAAUGCUAAAAUUACCAGGAACUCAAAAAGACAGAGAAUAUCAGAAAUGCAAAAUGCAGAAAGAAACAGGAACUCAAGAUGUGAAUGGCUUUGUGAUUUACAAUAGAACCAUUAUUUGUGAACCGUCCGCUGGUAGUCUUUACUGCGCCCUGUCUCAGUAAAGCUAUCCCUUUAGAAUGAACCUGUGUGGUAGAACUGAGUAACGAGUAUUCCCGGCCGAGUGAUAAAGGAAAGAAAAAACACACCAUGAAAAAUAUCGUCAGUGGGAAUCAGGCUGUUACGUUAUCUCCAGGAAGAUCAUUCAUACGCUUCUCAUCCAGAAACAGAAAUGUGAUUUUCUCUUUUUUCUAUUUGUUUGAGUUAUUUUGUUAACAAUAUGGAUGUUGAUCCAUAGGAACAUGUGAGUAAUUUUUAAGAGAUUCUUUAUGGAUUAUCAUUUACUUUGCUUUUUUUUUUAUUGUUGCUUUUCCUUGUACUUGACAGGAAAAUGUUUUGAAAUUGUCACACCCUUUGGAAGUAUAUAUACUUUCAGAUCCAGAGAAAGGAAGAAUACACCCAUUUAUUUUUAGCAGGAGUUGUAUGGUUAUCGUGAAACCAUUUUGCACCUUUAUUUCAGUAUCUUAUAGUGAUUAGGACAUAUCAUAUACAUAUAUUUAUUGUCAGGAAUCCUGAAUUCUAUAUAUAUUUGCUUGUAAAGAAAACGAGGUUGAGCAUUUGAUCAUUGUAAAUGUCAUUUUUGUAGACAUUCCAGUGCACACCUUGAAGCUGAACAUCUGAUAUCUUGACCUCCAUUCUCGUUAUCUCUUUAUGACUCCUUUUUCCACCUUAAUUAGUCCUGUAAAUAUAAUUCUCACCAUUUUAAGCUCAUCUUUUGUAUAUAAUACUGAUGACGUGAUUUCAAAUCCCACAGCUUUCUGAAUAUAAUCUGUUUAUAUGAGUUUUAAAAAGGGUGUGGACAUUUUUCUUCCUCAUUUCCAUAUUUGCAAAACUUAGUUGUUUGGAUAUAGUUACACCAAACACGAGUUUACAUUCUCAACUUGCUAUAUAAAAGCAGAUUGUACCAUCGUCAUCUGAUUUCACAGAUUUUCCUAAGCUUCCUUAAGCAGAAUACCUCCCAACUUCUGGUUUAAGUUAAGUUAAUAUAGUCAUCUAUCUUUUUUUUAUCUUAAUUAUCAUUAGAGUAAUGAAAAUGAGAUGUAAUGGAGAUAAGAUUUAACGUGUAUUUAGUCUUUCUUAUUUGAUUUAAGACGAGAAGUUUGAUUUCUGUUGGUUGUAUUAUGGUGCCUCGUUGUGUAAAUUGUUCUUCUGUUUGUAUGUGAUUAUUGUAUCACAUAAUUUGUAUAUUUAGUAUUUCACCAAAUAAGGUAAGGGAAUAUGUAUCAUGAUCAUGCUUGUAUAGAUUCAAAAGUGUAUAUAUUUUGUACGGAAAUGGCUGUCUUCCAGGAAUUGUUAUGUGUACAAAGUAGGUUAAACAAAUGUUUUUGUACAUAGUGCACACGAGCCUCAAUAAAUUGAAAUGAAUGGAUAUUAUAA